AUGUACAUAAAGCAGGUUAUUAUCCAGGGCUUUCGGAGUUACAGAGAUCAGACAAUUGUAGAUCCCUUCAGUUCAAAACAUAAUGUGAUUGUGGGCAGAAAUGGAUCUGGAAAAAGUAACUUCUUUUAUGCAAUUCAGUUUGUUCUCAGUGAUGAGUUUAGUCAUCUACGUCCAGAACAGCGAUUGGCUUUGUUGCAUGAAGGCACUGGUCCUCGUGUUAUUUCUGCCUUUGUGGAGAUUAUUUUUGACAAUUCGGACAACCGGUUACCAAUUGAUAAGGAGGAAGUUUCACUUAGAAGAGUAAUUGGUGCCAAAAAGGAUCAAUAUUUCUUAGACAAGAAAAUGGUCACGAAAAAUGAUGUGAUGAAUCUCCUCGAAAGUGCUGGCUUUUCUCGAAGUAAUCCUUAUUAUAUUGUUAAACAAGGAAAGAUCAACCAAAUGGCGACAGCACCAGACUCGCAGAGACUAAAGCUAUUAAGAGAAGUUGCUGGUACUAGAGUGUAUGAUGAGCGAAAAGAAGAAAGCAUCUCCUUAAUGAAAGAAACAGAGGGAAAGCGGGAAAAAAUAAAUGAAUUACUAAAAUACAUUGAAGAGAGAUUACACACGUUAGAGGAAGAAAAAGAAGAACUAGCACAGUAUCAGAAGUGGGAUAAAAUGAGACGAGCCCUGGAAUAUACCAUUUACAAUCAGGAACUUAAUGAGACCCGUGCUAAACUUGAUGAGCUUUCUGCUAAGCGGGAGACUAGUGGAGAAAAAUCCAGACAAUUGAGAGAUGCUCAGCAGGAUGCAAGAGAUAAAAUGGAGGAUAUCGAACGCCAAGUUCGAGAACUGAAAACAAAAAUUUCAGCUAUGAAAGAAGAAAAGGAACAGCUCAGUGCUGAACGACAAGAACAAAUUAAGCAGAGGACCAAGUUGGAACUUAAAGCGAAGGAUUUGCAAGAUGAAUUGGCAGGCAAUAGUGAACAAAGAAAACGCUUAUUGAAAGAGAGGCAGAAGCUACUUGAAAAGAUAGAAGAAAAGCAGAAAGAACUGGCAGAAACAGAACCUAAAUUCAACAGCGUAAAAGAAAAAGAAGAGCGAGGCAUUGCUAGGUUGGCCCAAGCUACCCAGGAAAGAACUGAUCUUUAUGCAAAGCAGGGUCGAGGAAGUCAAUUUACAUCAAAAGAAGAAAGGGAUAAGUGGAUUAAAAAGGAACUCAAAUCCUUAGAUCAGGCCAUUAAUGACAAGAAAAGACAGAUUGCUGCUAUACAUAAAGAUUUGGAAGACACUGAGGCAAAUAAAGAGAAAAAUCUGGAACAGUAUAAUAAAUUGGAUCAGGAUCUUAAUGAAGUCAAAGCUCGAGUAGAAGAACUGGACCGAAAAUACUAUGAAGUAAAAAACAAGAAAGAUGAAUUACAAAGUGAAAGAAAUUACUUGUGGAGAGAAGAGAAUGCAGAACAGCAAGCUCUUGCUGCUAAAAGAGAAGAUCUUGAAAAGAAGCAGCAACUUCUUAGAGCGGCAACAGGAAAGGCCAUAUUAAAUGGAAUAGACAGCAUAAACAAAGUGCUGGACCACUUUCGUCGAAAAGGAAUAAACCAACAUGUUCAAAAUGGGUAUCAUGGCAUAGUGAUGAAUAACUUUGAAUGUGAGCCAGCUUUCUACACAUGUGUGGAAGUCACUGCUGGAAACAGGUUAUUUUAUCAUAUUGUUGAUUCAGACGAAGUCAGUACGAAGAUUUUAAUGGAAUUUAAUAAAAUGAAUCUGCCUGGAGAAGUAACUUUCCUGCCUCUCAACAAGUUGGAUGUCAGGGAUACUGCAUAUCCUGAAACCAAUGAUGCCAUUCCUAUGAUCAGUAAACUGAGGUACAACCCCAGAUUUGACAAAGCUUUCAAACAUGUGUUUGGAAAAACACUCAUUUGUCGUAGCAUGGAAGUUUCAACCCAGCUGGCCCGGGCUUUCACUAUGGACUGCAUUACUCUGGAAGGUGACCAAGUUAGUCACCGGGGUGCUCUAACUGGAGGUUAUUAUGACACAAGGAAAUCUAGGCUUGAAUUACAAAAAGAUGUUAGAAAAGCAGAAGAAGAGCUAGGUGAACUUGAAGCAAAGCUCAAUGAAAACCUGCGUAGAAAUAUUGAAAGGAUUAAUAAUGAAAUUGAUCAAUUAAUGAACCAAAUGCAGCAAAUAGAAACCCAGCAAAGAAAAUUUAAAGCAUCACGAGAUAGUAUAUUAUCAGAAAUGAAGAUGCUGAAAGAGAAGAGGCAGCAGUCAGAGAAAACCUUUAUGCCUAAGCAACGUAGCUUACAAAGUUUGGAGGCAAGUUUGCAUGCCAUGGAAUCCACCAGAGAAUCAUUAAAAGCAGAAUUGGGAACAGAUUUGCUUUCUCAACUUAGUCUGGAAGAUCAGAAGAGAGUAGAUGCACUGAAUGAUGAAAUUCGUCAACUUCAGCAGGAAAACAGACAAUUACUGAAUGAGAGAAUUAAAUUAGAAGGUAUUAUUACUCGAGUAGAGACAUAUCUCAAUGAGAAUCUGAGAAAACGCUUAGAUCAAGUAGAACAGGAACUUAAUGAACUGCGAGAGACUGAAGGGGGUACUGUUCUCACUGCUACAACCUCAGAACUUGAAGCCAUCAAUAAAAGAGUGAAAGAUACUAUGGCAAGAUCAGAAGAUCUGGACAAUUCCAUUGAUAAAACUGAAGCUGGAAUUAAGGAGCUUCAGAAGAGUAUGGAACGGUGGAAAAAUAUGGAAAAAGAACACAUGGAUGCUAUAAAUCAUGAUACUAAAGAACUGGAAAAGAUGACAAAUCGACAAGGUAUGCUACUGAAGAAGAAAGAAGAAUGUAUGAAGAAAAUUCGAGAACUUGGAUCACUCCCCCAGGAAGCAUUUGAAAAAUACCAGACACUGAGCCUCAAACAGUUGUUCCGAAAACUUGAACAGUGCAACACAGAAUUGAAGAAGUACAGCCAUGUUAAUAAAAAAGCUUUAGACCAGUUUGUAAAUUUUUCUGAGCAGAAGGAAAAGCUAAUAAAACGGCAAGAAGAGUUGGACAGGGGGUACAAAUCAAUCAUGGAACUAAUGAAUGUACUUGAACUCCGAAAAUAUGAGGCUAUUCAGUUAACUUUCAAACAGGUAUCUAAGAACUUCAGUGAAGUAUUCCAGAAGCUGGUACCCGGUGGCAAAGCUACUUUGGUGAUGAAGAAAGGCGAUGUGGAAGGCAGUCAGUCUCAGGAUGAAGGAGAAGGGAGUGGUGAAAGUGAGAGGGGCUCUGGAUCACAGAGCAGUGUCCCAUCAGUUGACCAGUUCACUGGAGUUGGAAUUAGGGUGUCAUUUACAGGAAAACAAGGUGAGAUGAGAGAAAUGCAACAGCUUUCUGGUGGACAGAAAUCCUUGGUAGCUCUUGCUCUGAUAUUUGCAAUUCAGAAAUGUGACCCAGCUCCUUUUUACUUGUUUGAUGAGAUUGACCAGGCUCUGGACGCUCAACACAGAAAGGCUGUGUCAGAUAUGAUUAUGGAACUUGCUGUACAUGCUCAAUUUAUUACAACUACAUUCAGGCCUGAGCUGCUGGAGUCUGCUGACAAAUUCUAUGGUGUAAAGUUCAGAAAUAAGGUUAGUCAUAUUGAUGUGAUCACAGCAGAGAUGGCCAAAGACUUUGUAGAAGACGAUACCACUCAUGGUUAA